UAUUCCUCUAAGUCAAUGGUCAAUCCAUGAGUCACGAUCGACUGAGUCCAACCAUACGAUUAUAUUAUUAUUACAAUAUUUGAUGUGAAAAUAAAAGAGCAAUACUUUACUACCCUUUCGAUUGUGGAAGGCAUAGUGGGCUUCAUAUGCUUUUCUUUGGUUAUAUCAAUACAGAAAGAUGGGCACUUAUGACAGAAUUGGAUAACCAUGACCAUGAACCAACCAAUUUGAUUAAUGUUGUUCUACCUAUCUCUAGAGAUAAGGUGAUGACACGACGCUUCUGAGACAAGGAAUGACAUUCCAUCACCGGCGGCGCAACUAGUAGUGGCGUGAUGUCGGAGAUUCCCACACUGGUAUCGCGGGGAAACUUUUAAGAGGGAGAACCUUUCCUGCGACUCAGAAAACCUCCUUUCACUGUUGAAGGUGAAGUUUCUUCCAAAGCUCCGAGCACUAGCAAAUCAGAUUCCGGCGAUGUCUGUCAGGGGCUUGGGUAGAAUCCAAGGCUGUCACGUGGUAGCGAUCCCAUACCCGCGUCGUGGCCACAUCAACCCAAUGAUGAAUGUAUGCACCCUUCUCGCUUCAGAAGGCUUAACCAUCACCUUCGUAGUCACCGAAGAGUGGCUCUCCUUAAUCGGAUCAGGAUCUGGAUCUGAAUCAGCUCCAAGCACACCCAACCUCCGGUUUCGCACCAUUCCGAAUGUAAUCCCAUUGGAUCUGACUGGUGGGUCGGACUUUGUUGGCUUCUUCGAGGCUGUUUCCACGAAGAUGGAAGCUCCAUUUGAUCAGCUUCUUGAUCAGCUCCAGCCACCUGCAACUUGUAUUAUGGCUGACACUUUCUUGACAUGGGCAAUAGCUAAAGGGAACCGGAGGAAUAUUCCGGUGGCUUUGCUCUGGCCGAUGUCGUCUUCCAUGUUUUCAUUGCACUAUCAUUAUCACCUCCUUGAUGCUGGCGGCCAUCUACCAGUUUCAUUUGAAAACAUCUCAGAAAGGAAAGAUGAGAUCAUAACCUACAUCCCUGGAUUCCCUGCAAUACGCCUAGGAGAUCUCCCAUCCAUUUACUUUGGCAAGAAUGAAAUUAAAAACAGAGUACUAGAAGCGUUCUCUUGGGUAACCAAAACACAAUUCAUUCUCUCUACUUCCUUCUAUGAGCUUCAACCCCAUGUAAUUGACACCUUAAGAGGAUUACUUCCAAUUCCCAUUUACCCAAUAGGUCCCUCCAUCCCUUUCAUGUUACUUCAAGACACAAUCACACCACCCUCUGAGAUCCUUGAUGGCAAUGCUGUGGAUUACCUCAAGUGGCUGGACUGUCAACCCAAAAAUUCUGUCCUGUAUGUAUCAUUUGGGAGUUUCUUAUCUACAUCGGCCUCACAAAUGCAUGAAAUUGCAAUGGGGUUGCACACUAGUGGGGUUAGAUGCUUGUGGGUUGCUCGCGAUGAAGCCCUCAACUUGCAGGAAACUUGUGGCGAAAUGGGACUAGUAGUACCAUGGUGUGAUCAUAGUUAGUAAAUUCGGAUUGGGGAAUUAUUCGGGUGGAGAAUUAUUCGGAAUAAUUCGAUUGAUUAAUAUAAGGAUUCGAUCAAAA